AUGGAAAGUGGAAAAGUCGAUAAAAAUGGUUUCAAGCGUAAAGUGGAAACUAUAAUUACCAAGCUCGGAGUCCCAGCUCAGGCAUUUGUAUCAAUUGGAGAAGGCCACUAUCGAAAACCUUGUACCGGAAUGUGGAAGGAAUUGGAAGAAGCAAAUGGUGAAGUUGCCAUAGAUGUCAGCAAAUCCCUCUAUGUGGGAGAUGCAGCGGGCAGACAUAAGACCAAAGUACUCGUUACUGUUCACGGGAAUAACUUCUUGAGAGUUACAGUAGCGUUCACUACUUUGUAG